AUGAACAGAAGAAAGAGAACGUCCCUCGCUACCAAAGCAGCUAAUAAAUUAAGCAAGGGAGUCCCUGGGCCUAAAAAUGAAACUACAGGAUCUACUAGCCAAGAAGCCCGUGAAGGAGGAGUGGUGAAUCGCUUUGAGAUGCCUAGAGAAAGUAAGCACGAUAAGAGGAAAGAAAGACAUGAUGCUUGGCAACAAAAAUUUAAUUCAAAGACAAUAUCCGCUUCAGCCCGUAGACGGCGCAAUCGUAAGCAACGAGAGAAUUUGCAAGUUAACAUGUCGUCGUUCGAAAAUGUUUUACCUGAGCUUGAGACGGAAGUUGAGGAAAGCGAAAAGAAACAGAAUUCAGCUAUAAAGGACGCUUCAGUUACAAAGCGUACGAAGGCAUCCAUGAGGAACGAUACAGUAAAUGAAAUUGACAGAUUUCAGUCUAUUUUACGGCAUCCCUCGUUCAUGUCGAAUCCAUUAAAAACCGUUCAAGAACAUUUAAACAAUUCGUUACCAAAACGGGAAUAA